AUGGGGGAUGCAGCACCAGCAGAGCCUCCAGAGCCCAGGGCUGCUCGCUGCAGGCUCUUCAAUUCCAGCAUGAGGAGCGCGGCCAGCAGGCUCAGGACGUUCCAGCAGUGGCCCCGCGCUGCCCCCGUGUCUGCCCGGGACCUGGUGGAUGCUGGAUUUUUCUACGUGGGCCCCGGGGAUGAAGUGCAGUGUUUCUGUUGUGGUGGUGUCCUGAAGGACUGGAGACCUGGUGAUUGCCCUUUAAUAGAGCACGUGCAUUUCUUCCCUUCCUGUCAAUACGUCCGUGGGGAGAGUGCUGGGAACCAGGAGAUGCUGUCCCUGCAGGAGAUCUUUGACACUGUGGAUGGGCAGUUCCUGAGUGUCUUGCAGGGGAUAGUCAGUGAGGAGACAGCCAUGCCUAAUGAGCCAGAGUACCCUGAGAUGGUGACAGAGGAGAUGAGACUGUCUACAUUUGAGAACUGGCCACAAAAUUCCAGCAUGCAUCCAGAGCAACUGGCUAGAGCAGGGUUCUUUUACACAGGACGAGGAGAUGUAGUGAGGUGUUUUUACUGUGAUGGAGGUGUGAGGAGCUGGUCCUUAGGAGAUGAUCCUUGGAGGGAACAUGCUAAAUGGUACCCAGAGUGUGAAUUUUUACUGCACUCAAGGGGGAGAGAAUUUGUUAACAGUGUUCAGGCAACCUUUUCUGGCACCCUGCUGGCUCCUAGACAUUCCUGGGACCAGACUGAGCAAGACUCCUCUCCUUCCCGAGAUCCUCUGAGGAACUGGAAAUUGCUGGCUCAUCCAUCUGAGGAUCAGAGUCUCAUAGUGCAGAAUGUCCUGCAGAUGGGCUUUGACCCCACCUGGGUGGCAAACCUGGUAGAGAAUAAAUUUGCGCUGACUGGGACUUUCUACCUGUCUGAGUCUGAGCUGAUUUCAGACCUGCUGCAGCCAGGCUGGGGGGCCAGCAGCAGUGCAGGAGGGAGGAGAGGUGCUGUUCAGAGAGACACUGGAACAUCAAGACAAGAAAUACGAUCUGUGCAGCAAAAGGAAUCAGAGUCUCAGCUGAGCACAGAAGAACAGCUCCGGCGCCUGCAAGAGGAGAGGAUGUGCAAAGUGUGCAUGGACAGAGACGUGUCUGUUGUGUUUGUUCCCUGUGGCCACCUGGUAGCUUGUGAAGAAUGUGCCCUCAAUUUGAGGCUGUGUCCCAUCUGCAGAGCUGCCAUCCGGGGCACUGUGAGAGCCUUCAUGUCCUGA